AUGCAUUAUGAUCAUCACGGCGCCCAUCAGUGCUGCCCAGUCAACUCGAUGAACAAGUUUACCAACUUCCGACGGCUACCGGCCGAGUUGCGAAACAUCAUAUGGGAGUUCUCUUUGCCAGAGUCACGGGUUUAUGAGGUUCUAGAUGCACCAAACUCGAAGCAAAAGACCCCACCCCAUGAAGGUUUGAUGUUCGCCAACAUUCAUCCUGAACCCCCGCCGGCCUUAGCGGCUGUGUGUCGUGAGAGUCGAUCUUUUGUUCUUCACAACUACAAGCCUCUGACAUUAGGGAGGACAACCAAAUACGUCGAUCUGUCUCGAGAUGUCCUCCUUCUUGAACCGUACCUACUCGUUAAGCGGCUUCACCGAACUCUCCAUUUCAUGACCCAGAUUCCGCUACUUCGAGACAAUAUCAACCGCCUCGCGCUCGGAACAUCCUUUGGCAUCUACACGGGCAUCUGCCACCCAGUGUUGAGCUGGAAGGUAUCCAAGACCAACAUGGGAAAGUUGCUCACCAACCUGGCCAAGUUUCCACGACUCAAGGUCCUCAUCUUUAUCGUUCACCAGGAAUUUCAAUUUGAGUUCGACUUCCGAUUCCCCGGCACCAUGACCCCCGUCCCGAACCAUCCGCUUCAACACUCCGUCUCAACCACUCUGCAACCUCUCUUCACGACCGGGCCCAGCGCCACCGGGUUUCCGUCUCCCAUGACCAGCGGUAGCAGCAGCAUCAUCUCACCGUCAAGGUCAUCAUCAAGCAAUCCCAUCCCUACGCUCGCUGAACCAGCCAGCAAUGGUCUCCAUUUUGAUUCUUCCUCCACUGUCAGCAAUAGUUGCCACGGCGGCGGCAGCAAUAAGAACAACAUGGCAACCCGCAACAGUGGUGGCCUCUACACAUCACCAUACUCGUCACCGUUGGCAUUUCCGUCUCUCCCACCGCCGCCGCUACUAUAUCCAUAUCAUCAUCAACAACCAAACACAGCCCACAACCUACCACCACCGCUCCUCCCCCUUCCUUUACUCCUUCAACAGCAACAUCAACAGCAACAGCCUCAACCGCCUCCUCAACCACAACCACAACGUCCCCAACUAGUCCACCAAGCCUACCGCUUCAAAUUCGACAUCGAAGCCAACAUCAACCAUGCUCCUCGACGCCCGCAUCUUAACGAGCUGCUUUACUACCCGCUGGACAAGGAGGUCGAGCAAGAGGACAAAGAAGAUGAUGGUGAUGACGGGGAGAGUUUCGAUUAUUACAAUUUCGCCGGGAGUGGGAGCGGAGGAAGCAAUAGCAGCAAUAGCGGCAACGGCAACGACAACAGCAACGGCAAUCCAGGAUGGACCAACAACACCUACGAUGAAGAUUCAACGGGAGAUGUACGAGUAGGAGGGAGAGUUGGCAGUGGAGGCAGCGGAGGCGAAUGGUCCGACCCCUGGCCGACCAACGACGACUGGCGACGGUUUCGCAGAAGGUUCCAAAAGGCUGUUCGACAGAGUUUGGAGGUUAUGGAACGGAACAGGUUGGCUUGUUUGGCUGCGGCAGAAGAAGCUGCUGCUGAGGUAGCAGCGGCGGAUGGAGAUGGAAAACAACAACAACAGACAGCAACAGCAACAGCAACAGCAACAGCAACAACAACAAUCUGGGAAAGGUGGAAAGGGAGCCAAUAUUAG